AGCCUUUGAAAGAAUUGCCUCAUUAGAUGAUGUUGCUGGGGUUUUGUCAUCUGCUGGUGCUGUUUCCCAAGGAAGAGAGGAAUUUAAAUUGUUGGACUGCAACCAAACCCAAAGAGAAAACUCAAUCAAGCUAGGUGCAAAGCAGACUGUGCCUUAUCAUAUACCACCAGCACUAUUAAGACAAAUUGAUGAAAGAAAUGCUGGGGCAACAUUGGAGUGGCCAAAGGAAUUUAUUCCACAUCAGGAAAAUUGUGGUUUAUGUGGUAGUCCACUAGGCAAACCAAUAAAGCACUCCGGGAGUGAUGGUACAGCCACCUUAAUCACAUCUUCAGUGUGUUUUAGAAAUGUUGAAAUACGUGUGAAGGUGUGUUCUAACAAAGAAUGCAAAGCUAUCAACAGAGAACAACCAUAUGAAUUAGGUGAGUAUUGUACAGUAUAUUUUAAUACUGCAAUACUAUACAUAUGAUAUCAUUGGUGGUUGUAAUGUAUCAACCUAGUGUGGUAACUCUGCUCUUUUGGGGGAAGGGGUGAGACACUAGGUUAGAAAUGUUUUAGAAUGCUGUCCAGACAUACAGUGCAAAUUUAGUACCAGUACUGGCUUCUGGGAGUUUUUCAAAACCCUGACUUCAUUCAUUGCACUUUACUCUAUCUGAUGUCAGACUAUUUUAUACUCAAGACUGUUAAUUAAGACUUAACCAUAAUAAUGUAUAUUUGAAUAACCCAUCAAGGUGCAACGUCAGCCCUGGUGUUGCAUUUAAUUUGUUAUUUUACUCUAUAUAUUGCUAGACAAGUUUGAUUCAUCAAAUGAAAUUAAUUACUAAAUUACUAUUAAAUAGUAAUUUUCUUAUGUUUUGAUAGGUUUGUUCAACAUUGCAGACUCAGUUUUGGUUAGCAUGGACAUUUUAUUGGAGUGGAAAGAGUAUUUGAAGUUGGGUCAACCAAUUUCAAAUGUUAUUGCAGCUAAGUUGGAACUAUUAAACAAAAAACGUUGACUAUGUAAGUGCCAUUUGAUGGGUUAAUGUGUGAGGUUAAUUUAAAAUUUGAAAGUUUUUCCUACCAGGCAAUAUUAAUUUGAAUCACAAUUUUUAUAAUUGAAAAAAGUACAUUUUAAAUGAAGUGCCUUUACUUUAUUUAUAGGACAGCAGAUUAUCUACAGAAAGGCUAAACUACUUCAAUCUGCUGCUUUAUAAUGGAUUCUACUGUUAUGAAGCCAUUACACAAAGAAAUUUAGAUGAUGUUAUAUGUGGGAUUUCUGGAAUAAUAGGGGAGGUAUAUCUUGGUGAUGGCAAUGAAAAAAACUGUUGCAGCAACCAGAAUGUAAGUACCAUAAAAAUGUCUUAGGUCAUAUAAUAGUAGUUGUCAUAAGCAUGGAUGAAUUUACUGGGAGGAGUGAGGGGAGUGCAGAGCCUCUCUAGCCUUUGCCAAAGGGAGUGCAAGAGGCGUGCAAAUUUUGUUAUUAGGGGUGCACUGGAUUUGGAAUUUUCAAAUCAGGCCGGAUUUGGACAAAAAUUCCGGCCGGAAUUCCAGCCGGAUUUGAGAUAAACACACGGUAAUGGGGACAAUUGGGGAUAAAUCAGUAUUCAAAAUGGCGGUUUAUGUUUUUUACUAUUUUUAGUUAGUGUCAGUUUAGAUUUUUGGUUGUGUUUAAACCUUUUUUAAAUAUCUUUUUGUUAAUAACUUAAUAUUUUAUAAUAAUAAUACUGUUUUUUAAACUUUAAAGCUGCCAAAUUGAUGGUUUAUCCCAUUCUUGGUGAAUUUUUAAGGUGAACACAGAAAUUUAAAUGCAGCUGGAUUUUCUCCAAAUCUGGCUGGAUGCCGGAAAAUUCGUUAAAUCCGGCCGGAUUUGAAAUCCGGUGCACACCUAGUUAUUAUAUCAAAUUGUUGAUAUUAUAAAUGUAAGGCAAUUACUACAGUCAUCUCUCAUUAUAUAGCGGAUGCCCUGGGGACUGUCAAGUGUCAUGUAUUGUCCGUAACAGGGUCUGUGGAGCAUUUUUCGGAUUGGGGGGGGGGGGCUAGCGAACACCAAAGGCGUGAGGCUUACUAAGAGAGUCUGGAGCUAUGCUCCCCUGGGGAAUUUUUGAAAUCUGAGGCCUCUCAGAGCCCUGGAAAUGCAAUCAAAUUUACUAGUUUCUGCGAAAAAGUUUAUUAAACGGCUCUUACACAAGCCAUUGUAUGGAAAAUUAUUGGGGGACCAAGGUCCCCACCCUCCCCCCAAUAGCAAGAGUCCACAAUAGUGAGGUGUGAUGAAAAUGUCCCAAUUACAUUUGUGCAAGCUACAAGUCCUAAUGUAUUUAAACAUUUUUAUUCUAAACACAAAAAAUACAAAACAAUCUGGGUAAUUUUUUUUUUUCAUUCACUGUAGAGUUACAUUACCAUAAGCCAAUAAACUUUCAAAUACAACUGGAAAGUUCUAUUUUGUAAUGAAGUACAGUCAAAAGUGAUUAUAUUAUUGUGUUGAAAGAAAAAUGUGACCAAGUUGUCCAUUGUAAUGAUUGAGAGUAGAACAAUAGAAAUGUUUAUUUGGGGACCACAUGAAGUGUCUACAACAGUGUGAACAAUGUUCUCAAUCAGACUCAACCACAUUACUUCUACACAAUUGUUUUUAUUGUUGCUAAUGAUUGUGUCAUUAUGACUACGUAAUUAAUUAAAAACAGGGGGACAUUGGGAUUUUAGAUAUUGCAGUAUUAGCUUAUUUUUCUUACAGUAUUUUGGUAUUUCCCACGAAACCUUGUGGUACACGGUAUUGGCAAUUUUGGACACAAAACUGCAAUAAUUGACAAAUUUUGUUUGUGUUAUUGUAUGGUAUUGAAUAUCCCUCAAUGCCCCCUCUAAAAAGCUGCAGGUGAAUUGAAAGCCAUAUACAGUACUUUACUUAUCAAUUGCUAUUAUUAAGUUCUUUAAAAUUAAAUUUGUUUCAACUGUAUUUCACUGUACAUACUUGGUGGCAUUUGUGCAAGAUUUAUCCAGCUACAAUGCUUUAAUUAUUUGACAGGUAUUACAAAACAACUAAAGGUUGAAAAAAUACUUUGGUUAUUUUUGUAUGUUUCUAUAAACAGGUGCCAAACUGAUAGCACAGCCAAGUAAAACUGUUUUGCAUGUUUUGAUUAUGUUACUUUUUGUAUAGAUAAUUUUUCCUGAUGUGAAAGAGGGACCAGACAGUGCCACAAACCACAAAGAAUUAGCAAAUUUAGAAGAUUACCUUGCCAAGAUUGCCUAUUACAUGGUAGAAAAGUGUUUUUACACUAGGGCACAUGAAUCUCCUAAGAUACAUAUGGAAGAACUUCCACCCAUCAUUCCUAUGGCUAUGAGAGGAGCAGUGGUUUAUAACACUGAAAAGGACAAGAAGAGUUCGUUUUUGGAAAGCAAUCAUGUUACUGAAGGUAUCAUUAAAUAAAGAAAUAUAACUCGAUUGCCAUUUGGAUGGGGAGACUUGCCAGUUAAUGUGUAAUAGGGCACUCUGCCAACUUUGACGACUUCAAAAUUCUUUCCUCUUCCUCAGACACUUGUGAAUUAUUGAUUCACGAAAGCCUUUUUAUAUCUAAACUCAAACCUACUCUUAACGUCCAGGGUAGCUCUAUUCCGCUUAACCUUCUGUAAUUUGCCGUUUUCUUGUGUCUGUUUUGUUUCCUCAUUUGUAUCAUCCUGUCUUACAUACACCCUCUUAUCCUUUAUUAUCCUUAGUAACAUAACACCUUGUAAAUAGAUUAUAAUUAGCUUAUAUAUAUUCACAUCUCGUGUAAUUUUAUCUAGUCUGAAGAUGUCUUAAGUUAAAGACGAAACGUUACAAUUAAAUUUACAAACUGUUUUAAUGGCUUUGUUAAAAGUUAUAUGUUGGGCUCUCAUAUUUAUUAUACAAAUUCGUUUUCCGCCUGGCAAAUCUCUAGCAACGAUAUUGUGUAAUAAACCAUUGAGUGGCAAUGCACUCAUCAUUGUCCUUUUACUGUGUCUAACGUCAGACGAUUUUACUUGUCAUGAUGGAUGCUGCCACUUUUUUGAAAAUCAAAUGCGAUGAACUGUUAACUGUAGUAACAAAUGAAACAAUAGACCUAUUUGGGUAACUACAGGUAUUGGUAACAAAUUGACAAAAAAGCCCCCAACUUUUUCAACAGUCCAGCGUUAUCACCUUUUACAAAUAUAAGACUAUAAGACUUUGUGAAUUGUAAUAGUUAUACAUUUAACAAUUAAUAUUAAGGAACUUCACAUUCAUGGAUUUUAAACCAUCCAUCUUUCGAUAAACUGAGCAUAUUAUGAUGUCAUUAAAAGAACUAUCGGUAUCGGGGAUAUUGACACAUAAACAAUCGAUUAUCGGUCAUUUCCGAUAGUGGCACAAUCAGUCAAUCACUAAUAAACAACACUUUCCAGACAAUUUUACUUGUCAAAAUGAAAUCCUUUUAUAUUAAUCAAUAUAGGUUAUUAAUGUACUAAUAUUUGCAGAAAACUCCAUGAAAUUUUCAUUCUAAUUGUUUUGCAGGGGAUUCUUACAUAUUGGCAGAGCUGAUCAAAUCUAAGGAGUCGGAAAUUGAAGAUCUUCCGAAGUUGGGUAUGCCCGUGUUACAGGAAAUCUGUAACAAGUGUGGAAUAAAAGUAUCAAAUAAAUCUGCAGUAAGUUGAAAAAGUCCUACAUGUACUAUAUUACUGUGAAAACAUGUAAACGUUGUAUAUAGUGUACAUGUAUAUAUUCUGCAGUACUUCAUAAUCAUAUACAGUAAAAAUAUACUUUGUGGGAAAAAGGUAUGGGAAUAUGCGUUGCUUUGAUGCUAUGUUUACUUAUUGAUCAAUUAUCCUCGUUUAAUUUUUCACCAGGCUAAAUUGAGAUUUGACAUCAACAGUUUGUAUGCCUCCUUACUGGUGGCACUCUGUCCAUGUCUUGGAUUCGAUAAAGCUCCUGGAAAGACAGGAGGAUUUUACCACAUUGUAUGUUGCCAUGGUGUAAGUUUGAUUUUUCUGUUUAAAUUUGUUGUUGCACUAUAUAGUGUCUGGUAGGUUUGGUUGCUAGCUAUUAGAUUACUUGCAUAAGCACCAGAUGAUCGGUUGUACAGUAGGUAGCAAUUGCAAUUCCCUGGGUAACUGUAAUUUGUGUUAUAUUGCAGAAAAUAUGUACAAACAUUUGUUCUUCUGUUAUGUGUAGACAACAGUAGCUUCAAAGUUUUUAACACUGACAGAAUCAGUAAGAGACGCUGCAGACUUGUGCCUGUUGUUGAAGUAUCAACCACUGCUUUUUAUUAACGAUUCUUUGUGUGGAUUCACACAGCAUCUGGAAUGCAGAGCACCGGAGAUUGCUGAAAUUCUUUGGGAUGACUACAGUGGUUGUUUUGAGAAACCAGAGUUUGGAAAAUCUCCACAGGUUUGUAACCAGGUAUAUUUUGGUUUUAUAAUGUAGCAUUUCUAAAUUCUGAAUGCUGAUUGGCUAAGAGCCAUGUUGAUAUAAUACGAUUUCAACCCUUUACUGUUUGUUUAUUGGUUAUACUGAAAAUAUAUCCUUAAUUUAAAUUGACCUGGUUAACUUGUGUUCAUUCUUUUUUAAGGAAAUGCUUGUAGGCAUCAAGUCAGUUCACAUAUGAAAAAUACAUAUGCGUCAUUGGAAGAAGCAGAGGAUGACCUUGGCAUUGAUUACUUUUCAAAAGUCUUGCAUUUUGAUACAAAUGCCUCAUCUGAUCUUCCAGUUUCAUCACCUGUAGUUGCUCAUUCCGCAAAUGUCCGUGUGAAUAAUGAAAGUCAUUGCCAUGGUGAUGCUAUUAAUAAUAGCAUUGUGACCUUACUGCUGAAUAUGUCUUGUAAAGCUUCGGACAGACCUUAUUCAAAGUUUGCUUACUUACUAUAUGCAGAUUGAGUUUGGUUCUGAUUACACAUCAUUUGUCCCAUCAGACUUUGUGGAACUGUGUUGCAAAAGAUUUAAGGAACUUUUUGUCAGUGGAAAAGAUAAUAUUAUUUAUCAUCUUGCAAAGGGACUUGGUACUAAGAGAACAGAUGGUAGUGGACAAGGCAUGCUAUUGAUAGGAUGCCUUUUGGUUUGUUGAGUUAUAACAUCCAUUACUUUUCUUCAGAUUCAUCUAAUAACUUAAGGCUGAUCCUGAUUUUAUAGAAUGGGAAACCACAAUGUACUCAAACUUUGGACAGAAAUGGGUAUGCUUGCAACAUGGUCCUGGGUUUGCGUAUGAUGGAUUUAGUGAAGAACCUCAGGUUGAGGUCAACCCAACUACUGUCCCAAGUAAUGCUGAUGAUGAAGCCAUGACGAAUGAUGAUAACUCGUGGUAGUAUUAUUGAUUCAAAGGCGUGUUUGUUACAGCAAGCAUGGAAUGAUGUUUUUGGCAAUACUGAUAGCUGUUUAUCACUAUCUGAGAAUGAAACUGCUGGUUUUCCAGAAAGUUCUCAGCAAGCUAGUUCUUCAGCCACUGACGAACUUAGUUUCUUGUGGGGUCGAUUAAGUAUACAGGAUCAAGAAGAUGUCUCAUCUGGAGAAAAUCCCUCAGUUACUGAAGAACUUCAUGGUGUUACACCACAGCAAAAAACUGGAAGCAAGAAAACAGUUGACCCAAUGAAAUCGAAAAUAAAUGUUGCUGGUCAUUCCCUAAGAACAAUCCAGAGACAUAUACAAUCUUCACCCUUUACCAAGAAUUCAAAUAUUCAGGUGAGUCAAUGCACAUUAGCACUUUUUCAGCCAAUCACACAUUAUCUAAUCUUGAUGUGGCAGAGUUGACAACAAGGGGUACACUGGUUUGUCUUACAUACAAUAUGAUACAAUGUUGGUUUUUUGUAUUCUGAUUUACCAAACCAGACAGAUUGCUACCGACUCUUGUCAUAAUGUGUGAUUGUUUAUUUUGUGCACUUUGUAGUAUCCAGCCCAAUUAAUAGAAGUUAAUAUUAUACUGUACACUAAUGUUUAUAUUAACUUCCGCUUGUAAUUUUAUAAUGUAUUCUAUUCUCAUAAUAUACAAGUUAAUAAUAAUAACAUUUCUAUAGCGCAUAUACAUUGCUGUUCAGGCGGCUAUACUCUUGUGUUUAUUCGAUAUUUACCACGAUACACUACAUUCUGGCGACGAGAAUAAUAAACCUACACGUAAUCAAAUCGAUGAAAUUGAUUAUUUUGCUAAAAAGACCGAGUUUUUAGCAACGGAAACGGCCGAACAAAGUUCCAAAGUGCGAACAAAACAAACAAACAAAAAAACGCGCCAAAAUAGUCAACAGUACAGCUAUUGUUCAACGAAGUGCUUGAACUUAAAACAUUUAUGGCAACCCCCAAUCUUUCCUUGCCAAACUUUCCAUCUUUUGACGUCCAUGUCGAUGGCAACGUUGGCCCACAAUGGAAAAAAUGGCUAACCAGGUUCGAAUGACUUCUUAUAGCGACGAACAUCACAGAAGCAAAACAAAAACGCACCCUUUUUUUACAUUAUGCUGGCCCGGCCGUAGACAAAAUCUGUUAUACUUUAUCUGAUACCGGUGAAGACAAGGACUAUAAAGAAGCCGUAGACGCUCUGAUUGCAUACUUUUUGCCUCAAGUUAACUCAACAUUCGAAGAGUACAAUUUUCGCCAAGCAAAACAACAACACGGAGAAAAUAUUGACGCAUAUAAUACCCGGCUGAGACAACUUGCCCAAACCUGCGAUUUUACCGACGUCGAUAAAAAAGGAAAAUCACAAAUAAUUAUUGGGUGUUUGUCACAACGUUUAAGACGACAAGCUUUGCGUGACAAUCCAACUCUCAAAGAUCUACUAGCCGCGGGAAGAGCACAAGAGCGAAGCGAAGCACAAGCCAAAGCCGUAGAAAAAGGCAUGUCACCCGUAAAUUCCAUCAAACACGAGCAAAGCCAAAGAGACACGAGAAACAGAAAAAAUCACGGAAAAUAUCAACAAUCGAAGUCCAGAUACUUUGGGAACGCUGGAAAUCAACAAACACCCCCCGGAAAUCGACAAUUUCCCACCAGAAAUUGACAAAUACCCCCGGGAAAUCAACAAAUACCUACUCAACAAUGUCGCAAUUGUGGUGGAAUUUUUCCACAUAACGGUGACUGUCCUGCAAAAGGUAAAGAAUGUCGAGCAUGUGGGAAAAGCGGUCAUUUUGCCAAGGUUUGCAGAUCAAAACCCAAACGACGCGAAAUCCACCAAGUAUCGGAAACCCCAUCAGAGGAACCCCAAUAUCUAUUCACCUUGCAGAAUAACCAUCAGCACAAUACAUCACCACUCUGUGAAGUUUACAUAGCUAACGAAGCAGUCCAAACCAUCAUCGACUCGGGUGCCUCUGUCAAUGUUAUCGAUGAAUCCACUUACGAAAAGAUUCGAAAACGCAACAAAAACGCAGCGCUCACUACACCCCGAUCCGAGAUAUUCGCAUAUGGCUCAAAUAUGGAACUGCCACUCUUAGGUAUGACUACAGCAGAAAUUCGUUUCCAGUCCACCACCGUCAACGCAACCUUCUAUGUCACAAAGGGACAAAAUGGUAAUCUCUUGAGCUGCAACACUGCCGAAAGUUUAGGAAUCCUAAAGAUAACGGUAAACACUGUUUUAGAUACCCCCAACACACCUCCUGAGCAAAAUUUUCCAGACUUGUUCGAUGGAUUUGGCAAGAUAAAGGACAAGACAAUCAAGUUGCAUAUUGAUCCCGAGAUUGAACCUAAGCAACAGUCCCACCGCCGCAUUCCAUUUCAUAUUAGAAAAGAUGUUGAAAAAGAACUUCAACGCUUAGAAGAUCUCGAUGUUAUCGAAAGAGUCGAGGGGCUCACCCCCUGGGUCAGUCCCAUCGUCGUAGUCCCAAAGAAAACGGGAGAAAUUUGCCUCUGUGUUGACAUGCGAGAGGCAAAUAAAGCUGUGAAAAAAGAAAAGCACCUUAUGCCAACACUUGAUGAACUCAUCACUGAUCUAAAUGGCGCAACUGUAUUCUGCAUCCUAGACCUGACAUCCGGAUACCACAUUACAACAUUUUCCACCCAUGUCGAUCUUCGACGAUAUAAACGACUCAUGUUUUGA